AUGCAAAGCAAUUGUGCGGGUUCUUUAAAGCAGCCCACUAAUGCAUCUGUGGUGCUACCCGACUUCAAAGUCCUGGCAAACGGGCUCAUCGAUCGGCGCAGUUACCGGGUUGUCGUGUCCAUGAUGUGUCGGUCAUACCAAUCACUUCGCUCAAGCUUGAAUACAUUCGUACGUUCAGAAUUGAGAAUGCAGAUGCGUCCAACAUGCGCUAGUGGAAAAAUGGUAACACGUUUGCCUCGCACGUCAGGUGUCCAGAGUUCAAACCCCGACACAGCCCUUGGAUAUAAACUGCCGAUGAGCUCAAAUAAGAGCAAAACUCGAGUCCAGUGCUCCCUCCUUUGGUGUGGAUUCGUCAGAAUAAUUAAGCCGGGACAGAAGGACGACUGUUUACCCGAGAAUGUGAAUUUAAACUAUAUACGUUUUAUUCACACGAUACUAAAAUUCAAAAGGUUUGAUGAUUUUAGUUUGAUUUGA